AUGGCGGAUACGCAAACCCCAGAAGUUGACAUAGAUAAUAUUAUCGACCGGCUGCUUGAAGUCCGUGGCUCGCGUCCGGGUAAGCCGGUUCAUCUGGAAGAGUACGAAAUCAAGUACCUCUGCUUGACCGCGCGUGAUAUCUUUAUCAACCAGCCGAUUCUGCUCGAGCUGGAAGCGCCUAUUAAGAUUUGUGGCGACAUUCACGGACAGUACUACGACCUACUCCGCUUGUUUGAAUACGGCGGGUUCCCCCCCGAAUCAAACUACCUCUUUCUUGGUGACUAUGUUGACCGCGGCAAGCAAAGUCUAGAGACGAUUUGCUUGUUGCUUGCAUACAAAAUCAAGUACCCCGAGAACUUCUUCAUUCUUCGCGGGAACCACGAAUGUGCCAGCAUCAACCGCAUUUACGGAUUUUACGACGAGUGCAAGCGCCGUUACAACAUCAAGCUCUGGAAAACAUUCACUGAUUGCUUCAACUGCUUGCCGAUUGCGGCAAUUAUUGACGAAAAAAUUUUCACAAUGCACGGAGGUCUCUCGCCAGAUCUACAGAGCAUGGAGCAAAUUCGCCGUGUUAUGCGGCCGACAGACGUGCCGGAUACGGGGCUUUUGUGCGACCUGCUCUGGUCCGAUCCCGACAAGGAUAUCUCGGGCUGGUCUGAAAAUGACCGUGGUGUCUCGUUUACAUUUGGACCCGACGUUGUUUCUCGGUUUUUGGCGAAACACGAUAUGGAUCUGAUCUGUCGAGCGCACCAGGUCGUGGAAGACGGCUACGAGUUCUUUGCAAAGCGCCAACUGGUUACGCUCUUCUCUGCACCCAAUUACUGUGGAGAGUUUGACAAUGCAGGCGCAAUGAUGAGCGUGGACGAGACUUUGCUCUGCUCUUUUCAGAUCCUAAAACCAGCAGAAAAGAAGCAAAAAUAUGCAUAUGGAGGGAUCAAUAUGGGCCGGCCUGUUACGCCUCCUCGUAAACAGAAGAAGAAGGGUUCUGCAUAA